AGCAGCGCGAUAGUCGGCUUCACGAGCAAGAGUAACUGUGUAAUAUCAGAUUACGGAAAGUGUACCGUCUCGAAAUGUAGUUUUUUCUACAUUUCUACAACUGAAAAACUCAUAUCAUUCCUAUUUUAAAUUCCUAUUGUUCAUGUGUUGGGCAUCUAAUAGUUUGUCUUUGAUGUUUUCUUACCUUUGUGCUGCCUGGGUGGAGUUAGUCACCUGAGACCUGUCUUAGAAAAGCAAAGCCUAUCGUCAUGGUACUAUUUCCGUCCUAAGCUACAGGCGGCACGUUGCUCCUGCAUCCAGCCAAAGUAUUUGGAGGUCUGUUUGUCUAUAGCAGCGAUACCCAUGAGAACUGUACAGACGCAGAAGGUUUGGUUUUAUACAAAAUGGCUUCAAAUCAAAUCUUUGUGAACAUGAACAGAUAUCUAGGAAGGCUCAGCAUUAACUACACAUGGUUUUCUCCAAGGUCCUCUUUUGCCUUCUUGUAUGCAGUAACUGUAUAUCUCAGUACAGAUGUAACUCUGGCAAUGACGGUGACCUCCAGUGGGCCUCAAACUUUGCAGGUGGCCCAAGGGGAACAGGCAACACUGAACUGCAUCUACUCACCUGAUCCUGAAGACAUGGGAGAACUGGACAUUGAGUGGGUACUGGUCUGUCCAGACACUACCAGGAAAGACCAGGUGAUCAUAUCUUACUCAGGUAGCCAUAAAUAUUUCCACGGUGACCCAUCAUUCAUGAAUGCUGUGGACUUUUUGGCCAGCGACCCAGUUCAGGGUGACGCAUCUCUCGUCAUUGGUUCUGUGACAGUUACUCAUGCUGGAACAUACCAGUGCAAAGUGAAGAAAGCUCCUGGCGUGGAUAUGCAGAAACUGUCACUUGUGGUUAUGGAGAGACCAUCAGUGCCCAAGUGUUGGGUGGAAGGAAAUGAGGCAGUGGGUAAGCCUGUGUCACUUCAUUGCAAGUCUGAUGAGGGAUCUGCACCUCUUCAGUAUGUGUGGAAAAGAGAGAGCGGUGGACCCCUUCCUCCCUCUGUUAAUCCAAACUCUUUCCUGGGGGAGCUCUUAAUCUACAAUUAUUCUAUGGAUUGGGCUGGUACCUACUCAUGUGAGGUAGCCAAUGCUGUUGGGAAACAGUACUGUAGAGUCAAUUUGCAAGUUAUAAAGUCUCCUAACAGGGCUGGGGUCAUCGCUGGCACUGUGUCUGGAUGUCUGCUGCUCAUUAUAAUCAUUCUCAUUGUCAUAUGGCUCAUUGUCUUCAGAUGGGAAAGAAAACAGUAUGAGCGAGAGCUUUCCAAUGAUAUCAGGGAGGAUGCUCCAGCUCCAAACAACCGCUCAACCAGCCGUGGGCCAAGCUCCGGAGUGGCCUAUAGCCAGAUGAGCCAAACCCACAAAAAGCAGUCACCUUCCAGCAGCACCAGCUACAUCACCCAAUCAUACAUCAAAUCUGACAGCAAAUAUGGACAUAUUGUGUGACACAGACUUGCAGGUCAUAUCACCUACAGAUUGAACUUCACGUACAGAUUCAGUGCCUAUGUCAGUUGUUUAUGGAUUCAGUGUGGAUGAACUCUGUAUGGUAUGGUGUGCUGUUAAGGAUUUUGGUUGUUUCCCCAUUUUUAAUUCUGACUGAAGUUAAAGUUUUGAAAUAUGAUCAGUUUUCAUGGUUGAGUGUUACAGAGUGCAGAACUUGUCUGCUGUGAAAAUGUAGCU